AUUCACUUCUGUGUCCCUGUGCAUGUCUACAUUAGAGAGUCUGAAAUCAUUGUGCAUGUUGUGUGUUUUACAGUGGUGGAGAAGAAAGAUGGCAAAACGACAGUUAUAGAGGGUGUUAUAGAUCCUACAUCUGAGCAACCACAGCCUCCCAACCCCACAGCUUCCUGUCCCAUCUACAGAUGGAACCUACAAAACAAGUACAACUACACUGAUGUGCUGCUACUCAGUCAGUUCAUUCGUUCAGACGGCGGGAUGCUCCCCCGGCGCAUUACAGGCCUCUGUGCUCAGGAACAUACCAAGAUAGUAAUUUGUAUACAGAUGGCCCAUCGUGCUGGUCUCCUACCAGAUCAUAAACCCCCCUUACCUGAAGGCCAUGUACCAAAACCUAAAUCCAACCCACCUCUCAACCGGUAUCUGACGCGUUACUCUGUGAAGUCUGUGAAGCCCAUCUACAAGACAGGGCUGAAGUGGUGUAAGAAGAGAAUGAGUGUAGGACAUCCUGCCCUGAAAAACAACGUCAGAUACAGCCCCAAACCACUGUACAUAAAGCACUGAUGGACACAGCUGUUUACUCAAUCUAAAUAGUGACUUUCAUGGGACCGAGAGGAUCUAUGACAAAGGAUUUGCACCUUUGCGUGGUGCCUCUUGCACAAAGACACUGUGAGAGAACCAGUGUGCACUGAAA